AUGGUAACGCGCCUUCCGGAACAGGCGUUCGAACUGGAGGUGGGAGAUAGCAGCAUCACGGAGCAGCAGUCCCGUCUGAAGAACGAUGUCGACGAACUCAACUCCCAAAUAGAAACCGAUAACCAGGGAACAAAAAAGAACCUCACAGAAGAAGUAUUACAUCUGCAGGCUAGAGAUUCUGGGUUGAUUGAGGCUGUGUCUAAUCUGAACAAAUCAGAUUCUGGGUUGAUUGAGGCUGUGUCUAAUCUGAACAAAUCAGUCGCCUCCAUAAUGGAAGACCUGAACAAGAUGAAGAAAGAGGGCAUCAAGGAGGCCUCCUGCACCACCUGCCCCAGCGGAUGGAUACAGAUUGGAUCCCGUUGUUACUUUUUCCAGGACUAUGAAGAAACGUGGGAGAAGAGCCGGGAGGAAUGCGCAAAGCGUGACGGCGUCCUUCUGAUCCUGAGGGAUGGGGCUGAACUGGGUGAAAUGGAUCUCCCAGACUGCUCUAGGACACAGGGAAGCUCGGGACACCCAUUGGGGGGUGCUGCUCACAUGUCUGUUGUACCCAUAGAGUUUAUGAUUUCUCUGCUGCCAGCUAUCGGAGUAAACAGAUACUGGUUAGGACUGAGGAGGGACAGUGCGGACGUCAGUUCCUGGCUCUGGGUGGACGGGAGCCGUGUGACAUUCAGUGCCUGGAAUGAUGGGGAACCCAACAAUGACAAGGACAACGAACACUGCGCAGAGAUUCUGGGAGGACCACAUAAAAUGAAUGACCGGAGCUGUGACAGCAAGAUUGGUUACAUAUGUAAAAGUGCGUGGACUUGCUGA